AUGACUGAGUUGCCAAAGGAUUCAGGCAUCUCCUUCACGCCGUUCUUCGGCCGCUGCAAGCUACCCGCCAGCGUCAGAGACAAGUGUGACGCCUUCGUCAAGGCACGCUUCCCAGAACAGGCCAUCCGGCCUGCGCCAUUUCAGGGUUACUGCUCGUAUACGCUAUUCGUCGGCGAAGACACCGUCGUCCAAUUCAGGCCCUCGGCCCACAAGCUAGACCCUGAGAUCACGACAGUGGCUUGUCAGGUCUUUGGGCAUCUAGCUCCCGAGACCGAAUCUAUGGGAGAACUGGGCGACACCGGCCUGCAUGUCUUUUCCAUGAGGAAGAUCCCAGGCGUGUCUCUCUCAGAUCUUCGAGCGGAGCCCGACCCUCUGAAGCUGAGGUCACAGAGGGAACAGAUCGUGCGAGACUUUGCUCGCUUGCAAGCCACGAGCUGGAAGCAUGGCAGAGCCGCCGCGACCAUCAAGGAUAAGCGGACUGUGGGAUCAUCGCUACGGUGGCGUCUGGAACUGAUGGCCGCUACACUGCCCCUGCGGUUUCGCGGUACUGCCAGGUCGCUCCUCGUCGAGCUGGCAAGCAUCGAACAUCUGCCCUGGACGUUUAGUCACGGCGACUUCCUCCCCGCAAACGUCAUGAUCUGUCUCGACUCCGGGAAGCUGCUCGGCUUGCUGGACUGGGCUGAGGCAGAGUGGCUACCGUUCGGUGUCGGUAUGUACGGCCUAGACGAGCUACUGGGCGAGGAGAGGAACGGAGAUUUCGUAUACUACCCCGAAGCCAGGCAGCUCCGCACGCUGUACUGGAGAGAGCUCUUGCUCGCUAUCCCAGAGCUUGCCAAGGACGCCGGGAGAGUGGCGGUGGUCAGGAAGGCACAACUCCUCGGCGUACUCUUGUGGCACGGCAUUGCGUUCGACGAUGGGAAACUCAAUCGUGCGGUUGGGGAAGGGAGGGAUGACGAGGAGAUCAAGAAGCUUGAUGCGUUUCUGUCGCCUUCGAAACACCGUCCCAACAAAUUCCGACAUAUACAACCGUUUUUGCUGUCGCACUUUACACUUCUUCGUGGCUAUCUGUUUGGAAAGGCCUGA